AUGAUGCCCUUCGGACUGAAAAAUGCCGGAGCGACAUAUCAGAGGCUGGUAGACCAAGUGUUUGCCGAGCAAAAAGGCCGCAACAUGGAAGUCUAUGUUGACGAUUCCAUCGUCAAGAGCAAAGAGGCGAAAGACCAUGUUUCAGACCUAGCAGAAACAUUCGCCACUUUGAGAAAACACCAAAUGAAGCUGAAUCCGAAGAAAUGUGUCUUCGGAGUGAGGUCAGGGAAAUUCCUAGGCUUCAUGGUCAGAAAGAGGGGGAUUGAUGCCAAUCCCGCCAAAGUUCAAGCAGCUCUUGAUCUUCUCGAGCCGAAGACAAAAAGGGACAUUCAGCGUCUCACUGGGAGGAUGGCCGCCCUAUCCAGGUUCAUCUCAAAAGCCUCGGACAAAGGAUUGCCCUUCUUCAAAGCGCUGAAAUUGCCGAAAUCCAAGGAGCUCAUGUGGGAAGAUGAGCAAAAGAUAGCCUUCCAACAGCUCCGAGAGCAGCUGGCUAAUCUCCCAACACUGGCAAGGCCAGCCGAAGGAGAAGUCUUGUACUUAUAUGUGGCAGUUAGCCCCGCUACAAUCAACCGCUGGAAAAAAUCCGGCAAGGUUGAAAAGUCAGGCAGGCUAACAAAGUGGGCCUUCGAGCUCACUAAGUUCAGCAUAAGCUAUCAGCCGAGGGCAGCCAUUAAGGCCCAAGCCUUAGCAGAUUUCCUAGCCGAAUGUUCCUAUCAGGAAACACUCGACGAAGAGAAGGGGACUUGGACUGUGUUUACAGAUGGCUCAGCCACUAUAAAUGGUUCGGGAGCUGGGGUAGUAAUCACCUCUCCCGAAGGCAAAAACUUCGAGUAUGCACUCAAAUUCUCGUUCAAGGCUUCUAACAACGAAGCAGAAUACGAGGCAGUAGUCGCUGGCUUAGAACUAUGCAUAGCUCUCGAAGCCGAGCAUGUCUGUUUGAAGACAGACUCUCAGCUGGUCGCUAAUCAGAUUCGGGGCGAAUAUGAGGCCAAAGAGCCCUCCAUGAUCUCUUAUCUCGCCAAGAUCAAGUCAGUCAUAGCGAAGUUGAGAACUUUUGAAAUUGAGCUGAUCCCAAGGGGUCAGAAUGCUCAAGCCGACGCACUAUCCAAACUUGCAAGUUCAACUCUUACUGAGCUGAACCGAUUCGUAUAUGUGGAAGUACGCCGAAACAGAAGCAUUGACCAAGAAAUUGAGGUCCAAUGUGUCGAAGCUGAACCGAGCUGGAUGGACUCCAUCCUGGCUUAUAAGCUUCAAGGAACGCUCCCGAGGACAGGAACCUAG